UUUGAGGAGUCUCGCUCUGUCACCCAGGCUGGAGUGCAGUGGCACAAUCUUGGCUCACUCCAACCUCCAACUCCCAGGUUCAAGCGAUUCUCCUGCCUCAGCCUCCCAAAUAUCUGGGACUACAGGCCAGUGCCACCACACUCAGCUAAUUUUUUGUAUUUUUAAUAGAGACGGGAUCUCACUGUGUUAGCCAGGUCGGUCUCAAUCUCCCUUGUGAUCUGCCCACCUCGGCCUCCCAAAGUGCUGGGAUUACAGAUGUGAGCUGCCGCACUCAGCAUCUCCAUCUUGUGUUACCACCUGGAAUAGUACAGAAGCCAUCCCUGCCUCUGUUCUUACUGCCUUAAACCAUUCUUUUAUGCUACUAAAGUGAACUACCACAAAUGCAAGUCUGACUACCGCUUUCCUGUAUCAUUUAUAUUUUCAUUUUUUAUAUAUUCUGAUGUUUUGACAUCUUUAAAAACCUUUCUGGCUGGGGAAGGUCUGCUCCUACUGGGGUUAGCCAGUUCUUAGAGAUAGCAAAGGGCAGGUGCAGCCAAGAGCAUGCCUUUGCAAACUAAGCAGUCCUAAGCCAGACCUCCUCUAUCUGACCUAUACAUCCCAGGGGACAGUAUUCCUUUGCUUUAGUCAUCCCAGGGCCAGGUACCAGACCAUUGGGACCACCCCUAAAGCCUAGCCCACUGGAAUUAUUCACGCUAGCUAGUCCUAAACUGUUUACCCUUCUUUGCUUUGUAUUUUUCACAGGAACCCCAAUAAAGACUCUGGCCUAGACUUUCUUGCCUUGCUAUUCUGUUCUACCUCUUGACAUAUCCCAGUCCUUUCCCAUGUGGCCCUGCGUGUCAUGCCAUGCCUCCUGUUUCUAGGGAUUUGAGUAUAAACUUCUGUUAUAACAAUCAUUUCCUUUUUCGUUUGUCUUACUAUACUUGAUUGAAACACAUUCUGGGUACAUUUUAAUAUACUGUCUAACCUAAUCCUGUGAUGGCUUCCCAUUCCCAUAGGAUGAAGACUCCUUAUCACGACAUUUAAGAGAUGUCUUUCAUGACAGGUCUUGUUUACUCCUCCAGUGUCAGCUCCCAUCACCCCUUUCUUUAGAUAUAUACACUGGAAUCAAUUAUUGAUACUCCCCCAUGGUCCUGUGUAUUUCAUGCCCCUGAACUUUUUCUUCAUGCUUUUAUUUAAAUGCUUUUCCACUUCGCAUUUACUUCAUCAUCUGGUUAACUCUUUUUAAUCCAUUAUGACUGGGCCCAGCAAUCAAUAGCAGGGAAUCUUUCUUGAACCAACAGAUCAGCCCCUUUGCCACUUAGUGUACUGUCACUUCUCCUAGAUAAUCUCCUUCAGCCUCUGUGGAUCUUAGGGAAGACAUAACAAUGGGCACAAAAGUAACAGUCAUAUAUAGCAGGCUUAACAAGCUCUCAUAGUUAUAUAAGGUCAAAUUCCUAUAAUAAAACCGAUAUUCUAUACAAUUUCUAAUCGUUUGUAUUUUUUUUUUAAUUAAAUCUUGAUAUACAGUUUACUGCUACUAAGUCAUCCAGUAGGAGCUUUGGAACUGAGCUUGAGUGUAAGUUAGAAGGGCCUUGAAGAGACUGUUAACAGGAGCCUUAUGUCACUUCAGGAGGCUAUUGGUGAGGGUUUAAACAAGGUAAGAGAUAUUAAUGGAAGCUGAAAGAAAGGUGACUCUUGUGACAUCAUUAGCAAUGCUGGACAUUUAUUUUCCGUAAAACAUUGGAAAAUAAGUAUAGCUCAACUGGAUGAUCUCAGUAAGGAGAUUUCUAGGCAAUGUCAAAGGUGCUGUCUGGAUUCUUCUAGCCUUAUAGCAAAAGACAAAAAGAGAAAGGCAAGCAAGAGAAAAAAUUGUUCAUUGUAAAGGAGUCACAACUUUUUGGGUUUGAAAAAUAAAACUUCUUUUCAUUACUAACCUCUACAGACAGUGAAUGAUGCCAAAAUUAACUAGUUUGUUCCAGACAGAGCAAAUUCAGGGAACUCUCAGUAAAAUGAUGAAGAUGAAAAGGCAUGGCUAUAAAAGGCUUUCUUAAGAACUCAGGAAGGUUAAAUAUGCUGUGUUAUCAACAAACAAUAGGGACUCUAAAAAUCUUAAAUAUAGUAUCUCACAGCAGUUUCACAAGGGAAUCCAAGGUAGAGGUGGGUCAUCGGAAAGAGAUUUGUGGGUGUGGUUUUUGUCUGAUGGAGUGAGUUAUAAACUUUUAAAAGAAACCCAGGACGUUUUUAAAGGAUUUGCAUCAGGGUGGAUUGAAAAGGACAAAAGAAUGAAAAGAUAAACCUUCAUGCACUGUUAGUAGAAAUGUGAAAUGGUGCAGCCAUCAAGGAAAACAGUCUGGCAGUGCCUCAAAGGACUUAACGUAGAGGUACUGUAUGACCCAGCAAUUCCCCCCUGAAGUAUAUCCAAGAGAAUGAAAAUAUGUCCACUCAAAAAAAUUGUACACGAAUGUUUAUAGCAGCAUUAUUUGUAAUAACCAAAAAGUAGAAACAAUGUAAGUGGCCGUCAGCUGAUGAGGGGAAAUGUAAACUGUGAUGUAUUUAUACAGUGGAAUAUUAUUUGACAAUGAAAAUAAAUGGAGUGCUAAUACAUGCUGUAAUAUGGAUAAGCCUUUGUAUUUGUCUGUUUUUGCAGUGCUAUUAAAAAAAAUACCUGAUACUAGGUAAUUUAUAAAGAUUAGAGAUUUAAUUGGCUGAGAGUUCUGCAGGUUGUAAAGGAAGCAUAGCAGCUUCUGCUUCUGCAGAGGUUUCAGGAAGCUUCUAGUCAUGGUGCAAGGUAAAAGGGGAGCAAGGCACACUUCACAUGGCUGGAGCAGGAGGGAGUGCGGGGCGGUGUCACCACUUUUAAACAACCAGAUCUCAUAAGAACUCACUUUCAUGCGGACAGUACCAAGAAGGAAAUCUGCCCCAUGAUCCAAUCACCUCUCACCAGGUCCCACUUCCAACACUGCGAUUAUAAUUUGAUAUGAGGUUUGGGUGGGGACACAUAUCCAAAGCAUGUCAGCCUUGAAAAUAUUUUAAGUAAAGUAAGCCAGUCACAAAAGUCCACAUGUUAUAUAAUUUCAUCUAUAUAAAAUACCCAGAAUACAGAUAAAAGUAGAUUUGUGGUUGCCUAGGGUUGGGGUGGAUGGGUGGAAUGGAAAGUGAUUGUUAAGUUUUCAGGCUUGCUUUUGGGGGUGAUGAAAGUAUUCUAAAAUGGAUUAUGGUAGUAGUUACACAAGUUGGUGAAUAUCCUAAGGACCAUUGAGUUGUAUACUUUAAAUGAUUGAAUUAAUGGUAUGUGAAUUUUAUCUCCAUAAUGUUGUUAUCAAAAAGGAAUAAAAAUGAAGAGAGGCCUUUGGAACCUUGAACUUCCAUGGACAGGAAGCCGACAGGAAAACACGUGGCAAACAUGAGCUGUAUUUUAUGGAAAAGGAAAGAAAUUCAGAGAGUGAAAUCAAAAGCUCAAUUAGGGGAACCAAGAGGUAAUUCCAGGCAGUACACAUGGGCAGGGUGCAGUGGCUCAUACCUGUAAUCCCAGCAUUUUGGGAGGCUGAGGUGGGUAGAUCACCUGAUGUGAGGAAUUCAAGAGCAGCCUGGCCAACAUGGUGAAACCUUGUGUCUACUAAAAAUACAAAAAUUAGCCAGGCAUGAUGGCAUGUGUCUGUAAUCCCAGCUACUCAGGAGGCUGAGGCAGGAUAAUCUCUUGAACCAAGGAGGUGGAGAUUGCAGUGAGCUGAUAUUGUGUCACCACACUCCAGCAUGGGUGACAGAGGGAGACUCCAUCUCAGAAACAAAAAUAGUGACAAUGUGUGCCUCAUUUGAUUUCAGAAUUGCUGGCUGCUUUGUUCCUCUGAUUUUUCCUUUCUUUUUUUUUUUUUUCAAAUGGUACUAUUGCCUGCCCUUUGUUUUACCUAUGUUAUAUUCUAGGUACAUGUGAACAGGUAACUUGUCUCCUUAGUUGAUAGGUCUUCAGAUCAAGAUGAACUGCACUUAAGCUGAACUCAAAGCACUACCUCAGAGGAGCUGCAUCUACCUUUGUACCUAACUUAGAUGACAAGAUCUUUGGACCUGAUGUUCUAAAUAGAUGAAACUUCCAAGGAAGGGGGCUUUGCAGGAUGACUGUCUCUGUUUUGUACCUGGGAGGAAUGUAAACAGCUCAUGGCUACAGGGUAUAUUGUGGUGAGUUUUAAAACAUAUCCACAAAUUUUUGGUCACUUGCCAUCAAGAGGCAGAUUCUAAGUUGUCUCCCUUGAAAUAUGAGCUAGUGUCUGUGACUUGGUUCUAAUGAAUAAAAUGUGGUAGAGGUGAUUGUGCAUGACUUCUGAAGCAAGGUCAUGAAAGUAAUACAGCUUCCACUCCACUUUCUCUUUUGCGAUGCUCAAUCUUCAAACCAAGCCACUAUGUUGGGAAGAAGUCCAAGCCAUACUGGAGAGGCUACAUAUAGAGGCAGACCACCCUAAGGCCCUAGCCAAAACCAAGUAUCUACUACCAGAUGUGGGUAAGAGUGAACUUUUAGAUGAUUUCUGCCCCACACUUUGAGCUGACAUAGCUGUCACUAGGAGAAGCAUAGGCAAGCCCUGCUCAGAUUAAGAUUUGUCAAUAAAAUAAAUCUUUUAGGCAAUUAAGAUAUGUUGUGGUUUGUUUCCCAUGAUAGAUAACUGAAACAGGCAGUAUUAAUAGGAUUGAUUAUAUUUUGGAAGUAAGGGAGAAGAAAGACUCAAAAAUGUUAGCCAGGUUUUCUAGGUUCUGCAGAUAAUGGAAAGCAGUAUCAGUCUGUAGUGGUUUAUUUACCCACAUAAAGCAGUAAGAAAUUUCCAGGGUUUAGACAAUGUCAGCUGGGGUGCUAGCCAUGCAAUAGUUACUUAAGAGAUAAUGAUUGUCACAGAUUUUUUUUUUUUUUAAGAAAAACAAAGCCUUGUGAUCAGUUAGUUUUGAUAGUAACAGCUUUCAUAUUCUUAGGAAAUAAAUAUCAAAGUAAAAAAGAAGAGGCAUAGGUUUGGAAGAGGGAAGGCAAAUAGCAGUGAUUAAGACGCUGAAAAAUUAUCUGUCAUUCUAGCAACUGAAAGUCACUGUUAGUCAGCACCUCUUGAUUUACUGUUAUGAUAUUGAUAUUCAUUAUAAUCCCUUAAAAUGUUUAAUGGUCGUUUUUUAAAAUUCUGUCACUUGCUUUUACUCUCUUACUGGAAGAGAUUUUGUCUCUAAUAGCAUUCUCUCAGUAAAGCCUUCCCUGGUCAUCCAAUUUAAAAUUGUAAACUUCUCAUUACUCACACUCUAUUUCUAUUUUCUGCUUAGUCUUUUUUUCCCUUUGGCAUCAAAUCACCAUCUAACAUAGUACCUCUUUGAUGCUUUUCUUCCACCACUAGAAUAUAAUUUUCUUGAGAACUGAAUUUUUUGUCUUUUUCAUUCACUCCUGCAACAGUGUUGAGUAUGUAGUAGGUGCUCAGCAAAUAUUUGUUGAAUAAAUAAAUAAUUUCUGAAUGCCAAAGGAAGGAUUGAUUUCUGUUCGGAACACUUUCAGUUCAGAAUGUAUUUUAUAAUGUUCAAGUUUUUGGAAAUCCACAUCUAAGUGUGACACAUACACGUGUAAUUCUAAUGCCUCUAGGACUCAUCUGGGUGCUAAUGGGGUUGUGAUAAUAAUCAAAUGUUACUGGCCACAGCUCCCCUUUCUCUCUUUUUGGUCUCUGUUUUAAUCUUUUAUUUGGAAAUUUUAAAACAUUUGCAAAAAUAACAAGACUAGUAUAUUGAAAUGCUGGUAUGGUUUGGAUUUGUGUCCACUCCAAAAUCUCAUGUUCAAUUAUAAUCCCCAGUAUUGGAGGCUGGCCUGGUGAGAGGUGAUUGGCUCCUGAAGGCGGAGUUCUCAUGAAUGGAUUAGCAUCCCCUCAGUGCUGUUCUCCUGAAAGUGAGUGAGUGAGUUAUCCUUAGAUCUGGUUGUUUAAGUGUGUAACACCUCCUCCCUCUCUCUCUUCCCCUGGCUCUGGUCAUGUGAAAUGCUGGCUCCCCCUUUGCUUUACACCAUAGUUGUAGGUUUCCUGUGGGCUCCCCAGAAGCUGAGCAGAUGCCAGCACCAUGCUUCCUGUACAGCCUGCAGAACUGUGAGCUAAUUAAACACCUCUUUUCUUUAGAAAUCACCUAGUUUUGGCCGGGCGCGGUGACUCACGCCUGUAAUCCCAGCACUUUGGGAGGCCGAGGCGGGUGGAUCACAAGGUCAACAGAUCGAGACAAUCCUGGUCAACAUGGUGAAACCCCGUCUCUACUAAAAAUACAAAAAAUUAGCUGGGCAUGGGGGCGCGUGCCUGUAAUCCCAGCUACUCAGGAGGCUGAGGCAGGAGAAUUGCCUGAACCCAGGAGGCGGAGGUUGCGGUGAGCCGAGAUCGCGCCAUUGCACUCCAGCCUGGGUAACAAGAGUGAAACUCCGUCAAAAAAAAAAAAAAAUAAAGGAUUUACCUAGUUUCAGGUAUUUCUUUAUAGCACUGCGAGAAUGGACUAAUGCAAACUCCUAUGUAUCUAUUACUCAGCAUUAAUAAUCAUCAGCAUUUUGUCAAUCUUCUUUAAUCUGUUCCUUCCACCUGCUUUUCCCCCUAGAUUAUUUUAAAGAAAACUCAAGAUAUCAUUUUAUUUUACCUGAAAAUUUCAGUGUGCAUUUCUGAAUGUUCAGCACAUUUAAAAUAAAUACUACCACCAUACCAUUUUCAAACAUGACAGAAUUAGUAAUUUCUCUCAUCUAAUAGCCCAUGAACAAAUUUCCCUUAUUGUUUAAGAUGUUUUUAUUCAAUUGAGGAUUCAAAUAAGGUCCAGACAUUGGAUUUGUCUGUGAUUUUCCCUAAGUUUCAUUUACAUUAUAACACUUUUUCUCAUUUUUAUUAAUGCCUUUAAUUUGCUGGUGAAACCUUGUGACAUUGGACCAGGACCAGUCCUGUGAAAUCUUCUGUGUUAUAGGUUUGACUGAAUACUUCCCUAUAAUGAACUUAACUUAUUCUCUAGUCCUCUCUUUUGUAAAUGGUAGUUAGAUCUUGAAGCCAUGAUCAAAUUCAGAUUUAAUUUUUAGGCAAGAACAUUUCAUGGGUGGUGCUGCUGUGUACUUUUUAUUAGACUACUCCAUAAAGCUUGUUACAUGAUUGUCUCAAUUUUAUUGUUGCUAAAAUUGAUUAGUAGAUUGUUAUUAAUCUGCUCACUUGAUUAUAAAGUUCCUCAUCAACUUUUCAUCUAUUACUUUUAGUCUCCAAUUAUGAUUUUUGUAUCGCUCCAUCAUUUGAUUAGAAUUUGCAAAAAUCGUGAUUAUUCUAAAGUUAUUGUUUUCUGUCUCAUUUAUUGAGAGACAAUUCUCAUGAAUAAGAACUUUAUUAACAAUUAAGUUAUACUGAAAUGCAGUUUGUACUGGGAGGGCAGAAUAAAUGCUUACAUUUUUUUCUUUUUCGAUGUUCAGGCAGAGUUGGUGCCAUAGUAAGUCCUAGUGUGAUUAAUGUUUCUUUUUUAAAAAUGCCAUUACAAAGUCAGAUUUUAAUGUGUUUUGGUGUGUUUCAGUCUACUCAAGAUUAUUUUUUUCUGAUCCUUAGUAUUUUCCAUCUUAGACUAGUGGGAGUUCCUAGAAGUUCACUUCUAUAUGUCCUCAUUAAUCUCUGACAACUUUAACACUGCAGGCAUAAGGUAUUUUAGGCUUACCUUAUACAUUUCCUGCCACAAACCUGGACCAGCUACCUUCCCUCCCUAUCUUUCACAUAGGAAAAUAAUCUAAUGCAUCCCCCCUUCAACUUGGUAGAUCUCAGAAUGUUCUUGUUUCUAUGAUAUGCCAAUUCUGUAAUUAGAGAUUCUAAAGCUUUAUAAUAAAGAACUCUAAUCUCUAAUGGUUACCUUCUUUGUUUUCUACUUUUCCAAGAUCAUGACUGAGAGAUUGUUAAUCAAAGCAUUGAGUGGUGGUAAAAACACUAAGAUCAUUACUUUGAAUGGGAAGAAGAUAACAAAGAUGCCCUCAGCAUUAGGAAAACUGCCUGGCCUGAAGACUCUAGCCCUUCAGAAUAACCUAAUCCCCAAAGUGUGCCCAGAGUUAUGCAACUUAACCCAGUUGACAACACUAAAUCUGGGAAACAACCUUUUAGAAGAAGUUCCGGAAGAGAUGAAAUAUCUUGUAUCUCUGAAGAAUCUCCAUUUGUCUGGAAAUAGGAUCUGUAGAUUCUCACCUGGAGCAUGUGAUGGCUUACAAAAUUUAAUCCUGCUUAAUCUGAACAACAAUCAUCUUACGCAGCUUCCUCAAGAAGUCAGCAGAUUAAAAAGUCUUACUAAUAUGAGUAUAAAUUAUAACCAACUAGCCAGCAUUCCUAGAGAACUUUGUUUUCUUGAGAAUCUUUCUGAACUUCAACUUAACUACAAUCAGCUAAUAUGCAUACCUGAAGAGAUUAAGUUCUUGAAGAAGCUUCAGAAACUUUUGCUGGCCAGAAACAACAUUGGAGUUUUGCCAAAGGAACUUUGUGAUCUUAAAAAACUCAGAAUCUUAGACAUAGCAGGAAAUAUUAUUCAGAUAUUUCCAUCAGGAUUUCAGGAUCUGAAGCUGAGGGAAUUCUACUGUGAGGGAAACCCACUGUUCCUGCAGCGGCCGGAGAUUGCUAAACACCAGGAGAAUAUCUGGAGUCUACAGGAAAUAACAUCAAGAUUUGUAAUUAAUCAUCUAGCAGAAAAUAACCCUUUCCUAAUGGAUGCCAUGGAAUGGUACCCAGAAAUCAGAAGCAUAAUCUCUCAGAGAAAAACAUGUGCAAUAUGUGGACAGUACUUUAUAACUGUAUGGCUGGAAUGUGUUCAGUUUGUUCCUCCACCAAAGGACUGGAAGAUAAGCAAGAACCUGCAGCUGGUGCCUGUCCAAGUAUUAGUUUGUUCUUACAAAUGUUUUACUCAGCGUGACCCUAACCUCUUUGGAAUUGCUCGGGUGUAGAACAGGUUAUUUUAUGGACUGCAGCUAUUCGAAAAUAAGAGGCUGGAAGUCACUUGCUCUUGCUAAACAACUGUUUUGCCUCAUGGCCUUGAGAAUGUCCCUAGGCAGCUUAAGCUGCAAAUUCACUGCUGGUACUUUGGGAGCCUUCUGUAGGCCACAGGACUCCAAACUGCAUGAAACCUCCUGACCUGAAGUUCGAAAGGAAUCUGGAGACUCAUAGAGCAGCCAUGACACACUAGAAUUUAAGAGGGGCCUUUUGAAAGGUCCUAGUCUAAUUGAAAUCAGUGCCGUGAGGGGCUAGAGAAAUCAGCUGAGCUCAUGGGAGACAGGUGCCUUGUUUCUACAUGCAUCAUUGGAGUGAGUGAAGAUGGUUAAUAUGGCAAAACAAUAGUAAACAUGGGUGUUGGCGACUGAGAAAAUGAGCUACAAAAACUAGAAGAGCAAGGCUGCUUUAGAAGGUGGAUGGGGAAGGCAAAAGAUCUAGAAUCUCUUGGAUUCAGGCCAUCCAUGGGCAGCUGAGAGUUCUGACACGUUCAACGGCAGGUGUUUGGGCCUAAAGUGAGGUGGGGCUCAUCAACAUCACUGCAGAUGGAAGGUGAGCAAGCUGAUCAGUUUUAAGCCUGGAUCAUGAGUUGCAGGCAGACAGCCUGGGGCAGGGGCUGCAUGGGCCAGGAGCUUCACAAGGACCUCUUUAUGAGAAGUUACUGGCUUUUAUUCCUGUAAGUAAUUUGAUACAUAUUUGGAGAGAGAGGAAGAAAGUGAGUGUAUUGGAAAGUAAGGAAGCUGGAUCAUGGCCAUCCCUCCCCUAGUAAAAUUAGAAAAAGCCGCCAGUCACUUUAAUUUUAACCAAAGCCUGUGAUUUCUUUCUGGUGUGACUGAAAAAACUGGGGGUUACUUGUGGUUUAUUAUUUUAUCUUUCCAAAUAGAGGACAAAAAGUGCAUUUAAAAUGUUUUAAAACUGACCAAUUAAAAUGCCUCAUUCAAGUAAGUAAUGGUUUGAAAAAGAAAGUACUACCUCAAGGAAGAAAAUAUCCAUAUCUCAUUGGAAGAUGUUUGUUUUAUGUUUCUAAUUGCUCAUCCAACAAAUAUUCAUUGCUACUUCUCAUAAGGAAGAUGUUAUCCAAACUUAGCAGUGGAUGGACAAAGCCUCAAAGAGCUUUAUCUGUCCCUAGCACAAUGACCAGAAAGGGAUUCCUUUAAAAUGUCAGACGAGGCUCUUCCCUGCUCGAAUCCUGCCAGUCUCACUCUCCACAUUCUAUUUCCUCUGCUGGAUCACUGUUCCCUCAGAUAUUCUGGCUCAUUUCCCCACAACCUUUAGGAAGUCCCUCUCUGGCCACCCUAUUUAAAAUUAUGAUGCCCACCCCAACAUGCACAAAGGCCCUUCCCUUAUGUUUCUCAUUCCUCAACACAUUCUGUUUCACUCUACAAUUUCCUUAUUUAUUUAUUGUCUGUCUUCCUCCACUAUAGUGUAAACUCCAUGAGGGGAGGGCAGGAAUUUUUCCCUCAACGUUUUAUUAUGAAAAUUUUCAAGCAUAUAGAAAAGUUGGAAGAACUUUGCAAUGAACACCCAUAUACCUAUCACCUAUGUUCUGUAAUUAACAUUUUACUAUAUUUGCCUUAUUAAAUAGCUGUUUAUUCCUCUAUUCAGUCAUCAGUCUAUCUUAUUUUUUAUGCAUUUUGAAGUUGAAAACCAGUAUAUUUCCCUUCUAAUAUUUCAGUGUGCAUAUCACUAACUAGACUUAAAUACUUAUCUUUUUAUCUUUUUUACAUGAACGUGCUUAUGCACAAAUUUAUAAGACUUUGGCAGAUGCUUUCCCAAACCUCUAUCAAGAUAUGGAGCACUGCCACCACCCCCAAAAAUGUUCUCAUGUCCCUUCCCUGUAAGGUUGCUGGAAUUCACAAAUAAAAAUAUAGGAUACCAUGGUAAAUAUGAAUGUUAGCAAACAACAGAUGCCUUUUUAUAUAAUAAUGUCAUAAAUAUUGCAUGGGACACAUUUGUACUAAAAAAUUCUUUGUUUAUCUGAAAUUCAAAAUUCAUCUGGCAACCCUGCUUUCUGGUGAAUUUCAUGCUGCCCCUUCACCCCCAACAAGCAACCUUUUUUCUGAUUUUUUUUUUUCCCACGGUAGAUUUUGCCUGUUUGAGAACUUCCUGUGAAAGGAAUCAUACAGUAUGUAUUCUUUUCUGCAAGGCUUUUUUUUCCACUUAGUAUAAUAAUGGUUUCAAGAUUCAUCCAUAUUGUUGCAUAUAUCAUGAGUUUGUUACUGAAUAUCCUUUUUGUUACUGAAUAGUAUUCCAUCAUAUAACUGUAAUACACUUUGUUCAUUCAUUCUCCAACUUCGGCUUGUCCAAUUUUUGUUUAAUAUGAAUAAGCUGCCAUGAACCAAAACAUACAUAGAAACAUUUGUUGGGUGCCAGUUAUGUUCUAGACAACUCCUUGACAUGCCUCAUAAGGACUUUGUGAUUUAGCUUUUUUUUUUUUUUUUUUUUAACCUCUUACCUCGUCUUACCUCUUGCCACUUAUUACUUAAGCUCAAUUUUCUCCAACUGUCUUCCUUUAAUUGCUCUGAAGCUCCCAUGCUGUCCCCACCUGGGGUUUUCUAUGCAGUUCCCUCUAAUUGGAACAUGGUUUCUCCCUUAUGGUUCCUGGCACAUUUUGCUUAGGUUCCUGUAUUUACCACAGUGGAACCAGAAGCAAGUUUCCUCACUUCUCAGGGCCUCUAUCAGUGACCUCUCUACCUGUAACAUAAAAAGAAAUAGUCCCUUCUCAGGGGGUUAUUAUAAAGAUUAAAUGAAUCAAUUUAUGAAAAGCACAUGGACUGACAUCAUAGUACAUGUUCAGUCAACGUUUGUAAUAGAUGUCAUGGAAGACCUUGAAUUUCUAGAAGCUUAUGCUUUGCAUAUGCUUAAUACUACAGAACAGAGAAUGGCAAAAGGUGAUGACAACAGUGUGGAAGGUAAGAGGGUACAAGCAAGCAAGGAGAAAAAAGACCACAUUGAGUUUAUACAACUAGUCUGCAUGAGUACACUAAAUGACAGUUGAGAUUACAGCAGUGGGAACUGAACAUGAAAUAGAUUUAGAAGACCUUUAUCUUAGAGACAAAAUCAACUUACUAUACAUUAAAGAGCAAAGGAGAGGGUAGAGACGGAUAGCUUGGAGCUUUCCAUCUUAUCUGGGUCUUAUCUGGGUAUUUGCAAGAAUGUAGUCUGGGCAUGGUGGCUCAUGCUUGUAAUCCCAGGGAGGUGGGUGGAUCACGAGGUCAGAAUUUCAAGACCAGCUUGGGCAACACAGUGAAACUCCGUCUCUACUAAAAUACAAAAACUUAUCUGGGCAUGGUGGCAGAUGCUUGUAAUCCCAGCUACUCAGGAGGCUGAGGCAGGAGAAUCUCUUGAACCUGGGAGGCAGAGGUUGCAGUGAGCCAAGAUUGUGCUACUGCACUCCAGCCUGGGCAACAGAGCGAGACUCCAUCUACAAAAAAAAAAAGAAAGAAUGCGAGUGCCAAGUAGCAAGGUAAGAGAUUUGGAAAGGGGGUCUGGAUGUGAUGGGAAAGGAUGACUUUGAUUUUAUGAUAGACAUGAGAAAUUAAGGAUGCUAACUGUACAUUAGUGGAAAUGCUCAGCAGGCCAUUGGAAAGAAAAAUAUAAGCAAAGGCAUGCAUUCUGAUGAGGAAUGAAUUAAAUCCUUAUAUCAUCAGAUGACUAUGAUUUCAUUGCGGUGCCUCUACAAAUUUAAUUCUUUUAGACUAGUCUUACAUGGGGUUUUAACAAAUGAAUAAUUAUUUCCUUAGAUGUUGUAGUUCCAGAUAGCAAAGACAGAGGGACAUGGAUAGAAGGUUCUUGUAAUGGGGAGAAGGCCAAAAUCACAUAUGGGGAAGCUGUUGAAAGUCAGAAGGAACACUCUUAGAAGGGGACCGACCACUUAAUAAGGUAUGACUGUGUCAGCGAUGAAAUGCUUUUCUUUUCUUUUUUUUUUUCCUCCUGAAGGAUUAAGAGUCUGGCACUUUGAAUCACUGCAUUCCAAUUUGCAGCUAAGGGUUGAUUAUUUUAAAUCCUAAAACUGUAAAGAAAAAAAUAGAGCCAGUAGGUUUGGUUUCUGAUCUCCAGGCAAGAGGCAAAUGCUGUAUGACACAGGGAACUCUGUGUGUGUGUGUGUGUGUGUGUGUGUGUGUGCACGCGCGCACACACGCACAUUUGUGAGCAUUGUCUUUCUUCCCUGUUUUGAUUCUUUACUACUGCUAGGCAGGAACUGGAGGUCAGGGAAUUAGCUGACAUUACUACAAUGGCUUUCCUUUGAAAUAAUAAGAACUUCAUAGUUACAGCGAUGGGUCUUCAUGUCAUUUUUUAGAAAAGUAGGUAUAUGAAAUCUUCAUCUAUUAUAUUGUAUAAUGUUGGUAGUGUGUAAUAUAACAAAAACUACCCAAGAUUUUCAACCUGACAAGUUCUUCUAGGACCAGAAUGACUCAUUAAGAAAAACAAAAUGAAUCUGAAAUUAAGUUGUUUCUCUGAAUGUAUUUUUCAAGUACAUAUGCAAUAAAUAAAGGGUUACUUUCCUGAUAGAAACUUUCAUGGAACUAAAUUCUUUCAAUGUAAGCAUUUUCAGAUUUCUAACCAAAUAAAUUUAUUUCUAACCAAAAUAUGCUAUUUUUUAUUUCCCUACAUAUAGAAUCUGUAUUGUCAGAAUGAUAAUUCUGAUACAUUAUGUUUUUUAGAGGAAUAUUUAGAGAAACUGAGAGAAUCUGUGAUGAAAUGAUACCAGGUAUUUUACUGAUGAUUCCAAACUUCACUUUUCAUGAAAAGGAUAAUUUAUUGUUAAAAACAAAAAAAGUCCUUUUCCACUACACUGUACUAUGUUCCUUACAAUAUUAAGGAUAUUCCUUUUUGCAUUUUACCAGUAGAUUUUCCAGGGCACGUUACCCAUAACCAGUUUUUUGGGUUAAACAUGUCUUGCUUCUUUCAGAAGCACCUAAGAAAAUCCCAUUGGUUUGAUUUGGGGAAAUCAGAGUGCCAGGAUGCUUGAAUAGGUGACAAGGAGUGGGGAGACCUAGUGAUGCUGUUUUCAGGCAUUCUAAAUUGGCCUAUUUCAUGGAGCUAGUAUUUGUGGACAGACAUCCAGAAGGCUAAAAGCAUUAUAUAGAAGAAUCAGACACUGCCUAUGCCUAACAUGCUUCUAAUAUACCUCUAUGAAGCUUCAAUCUAAACAAAAUGUUGACUUUACUAGGGGAAAAACAUUUAGAGAACACAGAUGAUUGAAUGAGUUGAUCUCUUGGGGCUCCUGUGAUUUCAAGAAAGGCUAUGCAUUUUUGAAAGCUGGUGAUUACUGACAAAUUAAGGUUUGACAAUUCUAGCCAAGAAUGUGCUUAAUGUUCAUUGGGAGUACUGAAUUAUAUUGGGAAUACUUCCAAGUUCGUGGAGAAUGCCUUCGGUUUUAAAGAUGCUUCCACAGUCUUGCCUGAUUGUAUUUAAAUUUGCUUUUUGAUAUUAUCCUGGUGAGACCCUAAUGAAAAACCCUCAAACAGAGGAAAAUUUAUUUCAGCCUAAUAAGAUUCAUCAGAUUGAUCCUUUCAAUAAGGCAAAGCAGGCUAAGUGCAGAAGAGAAGAGGAAACAUUAGGAGAAAAAGGAGGGAAGCAGGCCACUGAAGAACAGUAGACAGCUUUCCCCUUAGAAAAUAUGGCAGAGAGGCCCGGCGCUGUGGCUCAUGCCUGUAAUCCCAGCACUCUGGGAGGCCAAGGCAGGCAGAUCACCUCAGGUCAGGAGUUCGAGACCAGCCUGGCCAACAUGGCAAAACCCCAUGUCUACUAAAAAUACAAAAAUUAUCUGGGCAUGGUGGAACAUGCCUGUAAUCCCAGCUACUCAGGAGGCUGAGACAGGAGAAUCACUUGAACCCAGGAAGUGGGGGUUGUAGUGAGUGAAGAUCCCAUCACUGCACUCCAGCCUGGGCAACAGAACAAGACUCUGUCUCAAAAAAAAUAAAAAAAAAAAAAGAAAAGAAAAGAAAGAAGAGAAAGAGAAGAUAGUGAAAGAAAAAAAAUGUGGGAAAGGGGCGUGGAACCCAAAAUCUCACCUUUCUGGCAAAUAUGUUCCUCAAAGCUGAAACGAUAAAGCAACUUGUCCCAAACCACACCUAAAACUCUCACCUACUUCUGUACAGUUCAGUGUUUUAUUUUCAGUCCACCUAUGCUUUGGUCAUAAAGUCCUCCAGAAAGCCAGAAUUGCUACCAAUCUUUUGAGCUCCCUUGUUGCUACAGACAUACUACUUUUUAAACAUGUGAAUGAGUUACUGUCCUCCAGCCCCUGGAACAGCCUUCCAUUCUCUUUAGCGCCUUUACUCUGUCCCUGGGCUCUUCGCUUCUCCAAAAAUUUAAGGAAGAUAUUCUAAUCUAGGUUUCCAGAAACAUAAGCUUAUUUCAAAUUGAUCAGGGGCAGAUGUAGAAAACGGAAACAAGAAGAAUAGACUUAAUACAGGUUUAUGUGAAUCUUGAGAUCAUUUUCCUAUUUAGUUUAAUUUAUUUUUAACUAGCAUAAUCCUCAAUUUUCUGAAAAGUUCUUGUAUCUGUUUUUUCAUGCCGUUCAAUGGAUGACUACCAUCUUUCUGGGUGUGAAAUGUUGUUUAGGAAUAUAUUUUGGAGCUCACGAGUUCUAUAACUUAAUUGGCUUUAAGCAAGUCUAUUGGACAUAUCACAAACUUUUCUUCUUAAUUCUGCUCAAAAUGUUAAAGCUGUUAUUUUUCAGGGUGGCCACUAACCCCUCCAUUAAUUAGUGCAUUAGGAAGUUCUUCCAGGUCUCUUAAGAAGUAGAGUAGUUGCCUACCAUUUAGCCAUUACUAAAGCAAUGACACGUAGUCAUUGUUACUGCAUGCAUUAAAAUGGGGUGGCCCUCUGUUUUUUGUUUUUUUUUGUUGUUGUUGUUGUUUUGAUGAAAGUGGAGCAGAAACUUGGCAGUGAAAGACACCUGUCUUUGCCUUCUUUUCAGCUUCAUAAAAUAUUUGCUUCAUUCUCAAGUCCCAUCAAGGGAUUCAGAUAUUAAACGUUGAAGUAUUUGAUGCUGUUAAAUAAAACAGCCAAACCAGAAUGAAAACGCUAUAUUUUUUGCAAAUGGAAAUAUUGAAAACAAUCUUGUCAUUCAGUGAAUAGGCUCCUCAUUGUUGCUAAACAGUCUUCCUUCCUUCCUCCCCUUCCCUUCCCUUCCCUUCCCUUCC